AUGGACAGCAAGCGCCUGGACUACGUCCUGGUGCCGUUGGGUCUGGCGGUGAUGGUUGGAUACCACCUGUGGCUCCUCCUCCGCAUCCGGCGCCGCCCCGCCACCACCGUCAUCGGCAUCAACGCCAUCAACCGCCGCAUCUGGGUGCGCCACGUCAUGGAGGACCCCUCGGGAAAGCACGCCGUGUUGGCGGUGCAGACCAUGCGCAACGCCAUCAUGGCCUCCUCCGUGCUCGCCUCCGUCGCCAUCACCCUCAGCUCCCUCGUCGCCGCCCUCAUGGCCAGCGGCGCCGCCCACGGCCUCCUCUCUGGCACCGCCGCCGCCCUCAACAAUAAGGACAACAACAACAUCGUCGUGGGCGCGGUGGGGGAGGCGGCGCUGUCCGUCAAGUUCCUGGCCAUCCUCGUCUGCUUCCUGGUGGCGUUCCUCCUCAACGUGCAGUCCAUCCGGUACUACAGCCACACGGGGUUCCUCGUCAACGUGCCGCUCACGGCGCACCGCCUCCGCCGUCCGGGGCUCGCCGUCGACUACGUGACCUCCACGCUCAACCGCGGCAGCUACUUCUGGUCGCUCGGCGUCAGGGCCUUCUACUUCUCCUGCCCGGUCUUCCUCUGGCUCUUCGGGCCCAUCCCCAUGUUCGCCGCCUGCGUCGCCAUGGUCUGCUCGCUCUACUUCCUCGACGUUUACAAGGAGUGGGACAAGGGGGAGGAGGGCGAUUGCAUCGUCCCUGACGACGGCUACGAGAAAGAAGCGACGAAGACGGCCGUCAGUGCUGUCUGA